CACAAACACCACACCCGCAAACGAACGAACGACUCGACGACACACACCAGUCGACCAAACCCAGCCACACCAAACAGAACAGUCAUCGCUCCGUUCGUUCGCACACACGCACAACUCGACGACAACCCCGCGGUCCCAGUUGUUACACUCGACAAACGACUUCAGUCGCCUGUGCCUACUCAUCGCGCAUCUUUCGAGUUCCCUUUUGCGCCACCGCUCGCGGCGCUGUUGCCAUUUUCCACUUCACCCACCACACUUCAUCAUCAAGCCAACAGACCUCAAGCAAGCAAGAAGAGAGUGACAUCCCAGCCAAGAGACGCAAGAACCCACACAGCUCCCAACACGUUUUUUUUUUUUUUGAGCAAGCCAGCUGCACAGCAAGCAACGUUUGCCCAAGCACCAUGGCCACGCCAACCACCGUGUACAGCUUCAAGACGGACUUGGACGGCGCCAAGCGCAGGUUCGCCCUUGCCUCCGACAUCUGCACCUUUGACAAGGUGCUUGCCACCAUCGCCUGCAAGUAUGGGCUCGACCGCGAGACGCUCCAGCUCGCCACCGCCGCCGAGGAUGGCGUUGCCAUCGUGGACACCGACACCCUCCUCAAGGCCGUGAAGGAAAGUCGCGAUUCGACCCAAGGCAACGGCUGCCUGAAACUCACCGUGACCAGGAAGCAGCCAGCAAACGACACGGACAGUGCAGAUGGCUGCCCAGCUGCCUCUGACGCUGCUGCAGGCACCACCUCGGACUCGACCUCCUCAGACUCGGAUACGUCGUCUUCCUCUGGUGACUCUUCCUCGUCUGAUGACGACGACGACGACGCGGAGGAGUCGCAUCCUGGACGUGAUGCCGCCCGUGCCAAUCUUGACAUGCGCCAUCUUCGUGAUCAGCUCGAACACCUCCAAGUGGAUGUGCAGCGUGCCCAUGCGGAUGAGUUUGCUGCACAGCAGGAGGUCAGCCGUGCCAAGCAGGAGCUGGCACUCGCCCGCGCCCGCACACGGUCCCUGCGCCUGGCCAUGCGCGACCUUCGCUCGCAGCUGCGUGAUGUUCGCCGCCAAAGCACCGACCCCACCACACCCCGCCAGCGCAAGCACCGCGCCCGCGUGGCCAAGGCCGGCAGCGAUGCCGCAGCGACCGGCAAAGACAGCGACGCACCUCUGGGGUCUGGGCCAUCCGCACCACCACCAUCCAAGGCAGAGAAGUCCACACCGCCAUCACAUGCACCCAACGCCACCGCAGCCGUCUCGGGCACCGCUACAUCGACGACCACAGCAGCACCGGCUCCUACAACGGCGCAGGCCACCGCCACGUCCACGUCCACAACCACCACCACGUCGUCGUCAAACGCGCUCGCGUUCCCACCCGGCACGGUCGUGACGCUGCGCACGCCUGACGGGCGCGUGAUGCACGUUGACGAGGACGCUGGCGUGCUGCGCCACAGCUCAUCGCCCACCAACCCGCAGGCCGCCCACUUUGUUGUGGAGCACGGCAAGCCCGGCCGCAUCAAGCUGCGGAACCGCGUCAGCGGCGGGUACCUGCGCAUUCGCCGUGGGGGUGGUGUGGAUUGUGCCGGCCGCGGUGGGCGCUUCACGUGCCUGGCACCGCUUGUGUCGUACACCGCACAGCAGCCGCACCAGUCGUCGUCGACAUCUGUCCAGCCAAUGCUGGUGCACAUGUCCCGCCCUGGCCUGCGGUCUGUGCACCUGAUCUCCGCCAGCGACGGCGCGAGCGGAGAGCUGACCUCUGUGGAGGACGACAUGGAGCGCGCCACGCCGUUCAUCGUCACCGUGGUCGACUACAUUGCCGCCGACGAGCCCACCACCUCGUCCGCAGCACGCGAUCACCAUCACGCCCAUCGCCGCCAUCACGGCCGCCAUCACGGCCGCCACCAUGGACUGCACCACGCGCAUGCCCACCCCCACCACAUGCACCACCGCCACCACAUGCGCCACCACGCGCAUGGUCAGCAUCAUCCCCAUCACCACCACCAGCACCAGCACCACCAGCAUCCCCACCACAGGAUGCAUCAGCACCAGGCUCCCAUGGUGCCCAUGGUGCCGCCGCCUUUCCCGCCACCGUACUGGGCCCAUGACCAAGUGUAUGCCUUCGCCCCGAUGCCACCACCACCGUUUGCCAUGCCUCCCGCCCCACACCCGCACCCGUUUGACGCUGUACACCACGGCCAGCGCGCCGAACAGCAAGUUCAGCGUGCCGAUGGCGGUAGCGGCGUUGAGUCAACGAAUGCCGGAGCAAUGCAGGCGCUUCGCCUGCAACGCCGCGCCCUGGCACAGCAGCGUCGAGACCUCAAGCGCGCCCAGCGACAGCUGAAGCGGGAAAUGAAGGGCGACCGUAAGCAAGCAGGCCGUGACAGCAGCUCCCAGUAGAGCUAACACUCCAUUUUCUUUUGUGUGUGUGUGUGUUGUUGUUGUUGUUUAAGUUGUUGUUUUAAGUUGUUGUUUUAAGUUGUUGUUGUUGUUUAAGUUGUUGUUGU